CUUCUGAGAGGGAAUAACUCUGAGUCCUAUACCAAGGGUUUAGAUGUCUAUCUCGAGCUAUGCAGUCCUUAUAUGUCUUUACCGAAGUCGAUAUGCGAAAACAUCGCCCAAUAUCUCCUAAUUUCAUACCGCGAAGAUCUGGGCCUUUACACCUGGAAUACCGACGAGGACCGGUAUAAGAACAUUGUUCGCUCCGCGUCAGCGCUCUCAUUCACGUUCAUGGGUGAAGACAAUACGGCGGGGUUCACAAUCAACGUACCUUUCCGCCACCUGAACUUGACACUGGAACCGCCUUUAACGAACGCCGCCAUUCAGUACUUUCCAUGCAGCACGGAGGGCGGCAAGAAUGCCGUUCUUGGUCGCGCCUUUCUCCAGGACGCCUUCUUGGGCGCCAAUUGGGAGAGAGGGGCGUUUUGGCUAGGCCAAGCUCCUGGGCCAAAUAUCCAAAGCCGCUCAGACCAUGUCACCAUCGACUCGGAUGGCACUACGAUAGAGACCAGUUCGAAUGACUGGGAGGCAUCAUGGGAUGGGUUCUGGGAGGUCUUGGAGAGCGCUGAGCCUACCACUUCUUCUCCUUCUUCUCCCCCUUCUGCUUCUGCUUCUGCCUCACCUUCUCUUCCGCCGCCGACUAACGAGAGCAUGUCAAUGGGCACGAAAAUUGGCAUUGGAGUUGGCGCCGGCGCCACAGCCCUCUUGCUCCUUGCUGGGCUUCUGCUCUGGAUGCGGAAUAGGAGAGCCAGGAAAACCUCUGAGAAAGUCUCAGCAAAUAACAGUGAAACACACGGUUAUGCUGAAGAGAUGAAGAAGGAGGCCAAGCCUGAUUGGUACUUCGGCGAUGCGUAUAGCUCCGUGCGGCCUGAGCUGCCUGAUCAAUCUUACUACGGGAAUGGAGGGCAUGCAGGGCAUGGCGGACGUGACAACAGGAUCGCAUACGAGCUGCAGUGAUUGGAGAGGAGCAGUGCGUGAUCCUUAUAAUUGAGCAUGUACAAUCAAAAUUCCUUGUGCC